CACGCCCCGGGGCGGAAGCGGGAAGUGAGUCGGCAGCGGCGGCUCGCAGCGGUCGGGGCGGCGCCGCGGAGGCUCGAGGGCGGCGGGCGGCGGCGAUGUCGAAGAACACGGUGUCGUCGGCGCGGUUCCGGAAGGUGGACGUGGAUGAGUACGACGAGAACAAGUUCGUGGACGAGGAAGACGGCGGCGACGGCCAGGCGGGGCCGGACGAGGGCGAGGUGGACUCGUGCCUGCGGCAAGGGAACAUGACAGCCGCCCUGCAGGCGGCGCUGAAGAACCCUCCCAUCAACACCAGGAGCCAGGCGGUGAAGGACCGGGCAGGCAGCAUUGUGCUGAAGGUGCUCAUCUCCUUCAAGGCCGGCGACAUAGAAAAGGCCGUGCAGUCCCUGGACAGGAACGGCGUGGACCUGCUCAUGAAGUACAUCUACAAGGGCUUCGAGAGCCCCUCCGACAACAGCAGCGCCGUGCUCCUGCAGUGGCACGAGAAGGCGCUGGCUGCAGGAGGAGUGGGCUCCAUCGUCCGUGUCCUGACCGCAAGGAAAACCGUGUAGCCUGGCAGGAACGGGUGCCUGCCGGGGAGCGGGAGCUGCCGGUACAAAGACCAAAACGCCCAGACGCCGCCGCUGCCCUGUGGGCGGCGUCUGUUCCCAGCUUCGCUUUUUCCCUUUCCCGUGUCUGUCAGGAUUACAUAAGGUUUCCCUUCGUGAGAAUCGGAGUGGCGCAGAGGGUCCUGUUCACACGCGCCGUGCGUCCGGCUGUGUAAGACCCCUGCCUUCAGUGUCCUUGAGCAACGGUAGCGUGUCGCCGGCUGGGUUUGGUUUUGUCGUGGAGGGAUCUGGUCAGAAUUUGAGGCCAGUUUCCUAACUCAUUGCUGGUCAGGAAAUGAUCUUCAUUUAAAAAAAAAAAAAAAAAAGACUGGCAGCUAUUAUGCAAAACUGGACCCUCUUCCCUUAUUUAAGCAGAGUGAGUUUCUGGAACCAGUGGUGCCCCCCCCCCCCCGCCCCGGCCGCCGUCCUGCUCAAGGGAAGCCUCCCUGCAGAGCAGCAGAGCCCCUGGGCAGGAGCGCCGCGUCCCGCUCCCAGGAGACAGCGUGCGUGGUCACGCCGGCACUUCCUGUGCCUCCCAGGAGACAGCAUGCGCGGUCACGCCGGCACUUCCUGUGCCUCCCAGCCCCAGUGCCCCGGAGUUCUUCAGGGCGACAGGGACCUCAGAAGACUGGAUCCGAUCCAGACAGACGCCCAUUCUCGGUUCAGCUCAGUGUUUUCAAAAGGAACGUGCUACCGUGGGUAGAGCACACUGGUUCUCAGAACACGGCCGGCGCUUGACGGUUGUCACAGCUCCAGAACAAAUCCUGGGAGACAGGCGAGCGCGAGUCGCCGGGCAGGAAUUCCACACACUCGUGCUGUUUUUGAUACCUGCUUUUUGUUUUGUUUUGUAAAAAUGAUGAACUUGAGAAAAUAAAACGUCAGUGUUGACUAA